AUGAGGGCUCUUUACACACGGACUUUCUUCCGUGUGGUGAUCCCCACGGAGUUUGGCGAAAAGGUGGCGGUUGUUGGCUCAGAGUCGCAACUGGGCAACUGGCAGGUUGCGCGUUGCCACGAGCUGGUGACGAACGAAGAUGUUGUCCCCGCCUGGUUCAGCAAGAAGCCGGCGAUGCUGCCCCUAAAGAAGAAGGUGGCGUAUAAAUAUGUUAUUCUCAACGACAGAAAUGAGAUCGUCAGGUGGGAGGAGAUUGAAGGCAACCGCGAAUUAACCCCAACAGGAGUUGAGAUGUUGGUCGAAGAUGACAACGGGUUCAUCCGCAGCAAAACCUCUUGCGACCUAACAGGGGAUGCUGCUCCAGAAACUCAGGAGAAACGGGAGGACAUGCCUCAGGGUGCCGCUGACUUGAGGGAGCGGCUGUUAUCAGCUAAAGAAGGUUUUGCAGAGAUUGACGAGAAUGAUUCCUUAGUUGUGGUUUCUCUUGAGCUCCCGUUGCGGGUCGUGCGGGUGGCUACCCACCAGAAUAGUGCCUCCGAAGCAGCAGCAAUAGCUGCUGCUGCUGCCGCUGCUGGCGCCGCAGCAGCAGGUACAGCAGGAGCAGAGCCGUCGGCGGCCGCAGAAGGCGCCCCGUCGUCACCCCCAACACCAUCUGCAGCACCAGAAGAGGCAGGAGCGGCAGGUGCAGCGGCAGCAGCAGCCUCAGGAACACCGGCAGGAGGAGCAGCAGGAGCAGGAGCAGGUGCAGUGGCAGGAGCAGCAGCAGCUGGAGGAGGGCCGGUGCCGCAGCAGCGGGACGGUAGCGGAGCGCUGGUGCCCUUCCUGCGGAGCAGCAGAGGAAGGUUUGAGCUACGGCCUUCGAAGUGCACUCUGCUGCCUUCUUUGCUGCACUUGAGGGGGAAGACAAAGUUAGCAGUUUCUUUCUUUGGGUUUCCCGGGGUGUUCCCUGCUGAUGCAGAAGAAGAAGAAGAAAUCCGAGAACUGUUGCAGGGGUUCAGCUGCUAUCCUAUCUUUUGCCCGGAGAAAGAAAUGCAAGAGUGUUUCUCCUUCUGUGACUUUGUGCUGCGGCCGCUCCUCCAUAACGUACUGUCGACGGAGCAGCAGCAGCAGCAGCAGCAGCUAAGCAGCGAGCAGCUCUGGGGUUCUUACUUAUUUAUCAACAAGCUCUUUGCUUCUCAAGUCACCCUGCAAAUGCAUGAAACGGACAUUGUUUGGAUUCAUGACUUCCAACUCCUUAUUGCUCCAAUGUAUAUCACAAGGAGAAACAGAACUGCCAACAUCGGCCUCUUUUUGCAUGUGCCCUUCCCCUCCAGCGAAAUCUUCAGGUGCCUCCCCUACAGAGAAGAGAUUCUGCGUGGGAUGCUCUGCGCGGACUUGAUAGGAUUCCACUUCUUCGAGUAUGCACGGCAUUUCCUGGUCACUUGCCGCCGUCUGUUGGGUUUAGAGUUCUCCUUCAGAAGAGGCGGUCUCCUUGCUAUUGACUUUGGAGGCAGAAGCGUUUUUGUCAGAGUAGGGCAUGUUCAUAUCAUGUACAAUAACCUCCAACAAGCUCUUCUCGAUGCAAACUGCAGCGCUGCAGCAGAAGCCAUUCGGAGCCGACAUCCUGGAAAGUUUAUCUUUGGAUCUGUUGACCGCUGCGAACCCUUAGCAGGGCUUCAGCUUAAAAUAGCGGCAUUUGAGCGAUUUCUUGAAUGCUAUGAAUAUGCAAGGGGAGAAGUUGUUUUGAUACAAUACGCAUAUCCUGUCCGUAGUUGGGGCCGCUCGGAUGCUGCUGCGUUGGCGUCGCGGCUGCAGCGACAAGUUGAAGAAGUCAACGCAAAGUACAGUGCCCUUGGCCGGGGAGACCACAUCGAACUGCUGAUCAAGGAGGUGGAGUGGCAUGAGCGCUGCAGUUUGUUUACAGCUGCCGACUGCUUACUCGACAGCUGCAUCAGGGAAGGUUUAAACCUGAAUCCCUUUGAAUAUUUAUGCUGCCGCAACGACUUAAGACCUACUGCAGCAAUCCUCUCGGAGUUCACCGGCUGCUCUAGGGCCCUCGCCUCCCCCAUUCGGGUCAACCCGUGGAAUUGCGACGCGAUGGCCGCUGCGAUGGACGCGGCUGUCUCUGGACGGGAGACGAUGCAGGUGGCAGUGGGGAGAGACCAAACCCACUUGCAGCACAACAAUACUUUAAACUGGGCGGAAGAAUUUGUACUUGACCUUGCAAGAGCCAGAAAGAGUGCUGACCUCGUGUACCUGGACACCUCGCUGGUGAUGACUGCCUUUCGGAAUUCUCGCCAUCGCGUUUUCUUCUUCGACUGCGAAGGGACUUUGGCUCCCGACCAAAGGCGGCUGGCCAUGAUGCAGAAGAACGGAGAGGAGUUGUUUGCUGCUGGCCGGCCUCCUUCAGGCCAAGUUCAGCGUUGCUUGAAGGCUCUCUUGCAAAAUCCCAAAAACACUGUCGUUAUAUUAAGUGGAAGAGAUAGGAGUCUACUAGAAGACUGGUUUAGAGACGUCAAAGGCAUCGGCUUGUGUGCUGAACACGGCUACUACUACCGCCUCGACAAGCUGACAGGGGACGAAUGGGGCUGCAUGUGCCCGGACGCAGAUUUCACGUGGAAGUCUGUGGCUGUUGAGCUGAUGCUGCAAUAUGUCAAAAGAACUCAGGGCUCCUUCAUCGAAAACAAAGGGAGCGCAUUGGUAUUUCAGUACAGAGAUGCAGACCCCGACUUCGGUCAGCUGCAGGCAAAAGACCUCUCCAGCCACCUCAGCGAGUUGCUGUUUGGUUACCCUGUGACGGUGGUGAGCGGGAAGGGGUAUGUGGAAGUUAAGUUGCUGGGGGUCAACAAAGGGAAGGCAGUCGAAAGAAUCUUGCAAACGCUUUCAACUCUUCACGGGGACAUCGACUUUGUCUUCUGCAUUGGGGAUGACCGGAGCGACGAGGACAUGUUUGCAGUGAUAAACAGCUGGACUUCAGGCGACGGCAGGUGUCUUCCGAACCGCCAGGGGCCAAACUCUUCUUCGCUCAUUACCCACACAGGCAGAGAACAGAGGCCGACCUCGCAUCAGCUACAAAGAGGCUCCGUUUCUGUCAGUUCCCUUCUUGGCUUGCUUUCCUCUUUCCUGCGUCCCUGGACUGAUUGA